AUGACACCAAAUCAAGAAAUUGUGAUUGUGACUGUAAAAGUAUUCCUUCGUUUCGUAUUAGUCUUUUGUAGGUGAUAAUAAAUUUAUCAGCGUUACUACAUAUUCUUGAAAGUAUAUAUUUUUUCAGUUAAAAUGGAUAAAUUAACAUCUUUUCAUCCAAAAAUAAUGGGAAAAGCAAGGACAGCCGGUGAUGGCAUGGAGUCAGAAGAUGGCAAUUUAGAAAAUGCCAACAAACCAGAUGUCCCACCUACUUUUGCCACUAAGAUCUCGCACCCUCUCCCUCGUCUUAUCCAAGUCUUUCCUACAAAUAUCAUUAAAAAUGAAAAGAAAUCAACUCAUAUUCACUCUAAAAGCCCUAAGUUUGUCCCCUACGAGCCCUAUCCUGGUGCUGUUAAGCCUAUAAACCCCCAAGUGUUAAAUAAAGGCUCUAAAAAAUCCAGAAACAACAUGGACAUAAAUACUCUUAUUGGUCAAAUGUCACAAAUGAAUACCAACUUGAAUGAAUUCAAACCGAGGCCAAAGCUUCUAUCCACUAGUGAGAAAUCUUUCCUAGAAAUUGAUAAACCAAGUGAGGAAAAAGUUGAAAUGCAGAAAAAAAUUGAUGAGCUAUUACAAGAAAAUGAGUCUUUGAAGGAGCAACUGAAACAACAGGCCCAGGUGAACAAAGAACUGAAGACAAUGUUAGUAGCUUCAAUGGGAGAAGACCUUGAGAUACAAGUGCAGUCUCUCAAUGAGGAUAAGAAACAUCUUGCAAACGCUUUGCUAAAUUCUGCACAGCAUCUUUCAACCCAUCAGGAACAAACUGAAUGGCUAGCAGGUCAGUGCGAGGUGUGGAGGAGCAAAUUUUUGGCAAGCAGUCUCAUGGUAGAAGAACUAGCGCAAUGCAAGAAAUUGUUAACUGACAAGACUGAAAACUUGCAGCAGGCAAUCAAACAACUGUUAGACGAGAGAUGUCGCGGGAGAGACAUGAUGUUAUGCACAUACAAGAACUUGUACAGCCUUCAUGAGAAGUUUCUGGAAAAUAUUGCUAUCGCGGAGUAUGUAAGGGGCAGCGCCAUCUAUGGGCGACCAAUAGGAAACCUCAAUUUCAAUGCCACCACACUCCAAUCCACAAAUAUCCUAGACUUGGCCUCUGUCAACCUGAAACUAUCUGAGAAUAUAAGCAGCUCCACAGAAAAGCACGAUAUUUCACAUCUUAAUGAUUUACCUUCAGUGACAGAUGGUGAAAAGAAUGCAGAAAAUGUUAUGGCGAUGCCUUUAGAAGUGAGGAAAGUAAACGAAGAACCAGUGAAUGCUCUGGUUCACCACGCGUACAAUAACACAACGACCACUCUGCGGCCCAUAGCCUCCUGUAUCCACUGCAAGGGUAGAGUCCAACUGCUGUGAAGUUGAGGUGAAAAAGUUGGAACGCGGACCCUGGGCUACGACGCUCACGACUGAAGAAACCGGAAAAACUCUCAGUUGACAGAGAGAGAGACUUUGGUUAGACAAUUGUAUAUUUUAAACUAAUUUGAAUGAUUGAUAAAUAAGUGUAUUGUCAAUGAAAGAAUCUGUUUUAGUUAUGUCAAUAUUAACAAAACUACAACUCUUAUGUGUAACUGGGCAGAAAUCAAAAUGUUUACAUCGCGCAAAAAUAUAUAGUACAAUAUUUCGACCAAUCAUAACUUGCCUAACCCGUCCAUAAUUAAUUGCUAAACACUCAAUAAUAUUUUAAGCGAAAUAGCACCAGUCCCACUAUUUUUGAAAUCUUAUGUAGCAACAAUAAAGUCGUUAUUUGAUUGAUGUUUUUAUUCGGUUUGAAUCUGCACGGGAUUUAAUAUUCACCAUCGAACGUUGCCGAGGUGACCUAUAAACUUGAAAUAGAAUAAUAAUAUGGCACUACCCGAGAGCAUUAGUAUAAGUCACGAACAAUACAAUCAGUUGGUUGUAUUCUUUUUGAGUAUUACUAUUCAUUUUGAUCUGACAGAUUUGAGUGAAACAAAGCACAAUUCCAAUUUUCGUGCAUGUUAUCUCUAGUAACGAUUAUUGCAUUUUAUUUACUUCUUUAAGGCGAGUAUUAUAAUCGAAUACCCUUUAAAUAUGUUAUGCGAUGAUUAAAAGCGGUAGUAUAAUAUUAAUGUUUAGUGUUUGGUUAAUUCAGUCAUCAUAUUCGUUUUAUUUGACUUCGAAUUGAGCCAAACUUUGAGUUAGGUUUAUGUAAAUAUGAAAUCACGUUAAAUUUAAAUGGUGAUUAGUUAAUUUAAAUGGUGCUAAUUACUUAUAUUUUAUUAUAACAUAAUUCCAUUAUAAAAUGUGUACCUGGAACUGGUUAAGGAAAUAAAAUAGAUAUUGUUGAA